AGUGCUGUACCUCUGGGCUUUUCACCCGACUCCGCUUGAUGCAAGCCGCUCUCUGCGUCCGCACUCAUUCGAUGAGGCUCUAACGAAAUGGCCAAGCUUUUGUUCCCGUAGCCAUGCUUUCAUCACGCGGGAUGGACAGUGUCGUGUCCGGUCGUUUCAUCUCAACCCGUUUCACUCCGCGGCAUUUCAUGUCGGUGCGUUUCACUUUGACGCGAUGUACCCGUUGCCAGGCCGCAGCAGCAGCAGGGAGAAGCAGUAGAUCAGGCUUUCCGUGGGAAGGCAAGGUAGCGAGGCGCUUACGAUGCCGUUUUGGGAAGGGGAGUCGAGAGGGGGAUCCAUCCACGUGUGUAGAAGCAGGGUAUGAAACGGCUGCAUUCACCGGAUCCGGACGAGAUUCGCUGCCGAAUAGCCAUGGGAGUGCGACGAGUGCGACGACUAGAAGAUUCGCCUGGCGCUCAUACAGCAGCGGCAGCGUCGUCAGCGGCAGCAGCGAAAAUGGUAGUAAAAGGACUAGGGGAUCUUCAUUCACGCACAUGAGUCCGUCAGAGGCGGAGUGGCGGCUGAUGCUGACGGAGAUUGGGGUGCAGCCACGUAAGAUGUCUCGCAUUCUGACUCAGUACCACGCCAUGCCUGCUGACGUGGCAAUGGAAAGACUGAUUUUCCUCCAAAGCCUGGGGGUUGACACGGGAAAAGCCCUUUCUUCCUUCCCCAAACUUUUAUUCUACCCGCCUUCAAUUGCCCGAGCCAUGGCGGACUACCUCACCUCCAUUGGCGUCCAACCGGGCUUGAUUGGAAAAGUUUUGUCCGCCUGCCCACAGCUCCUCGGGCUGAGUAUCGAAAACAACAUCUGCCCAACAAUCUCCCACCUGGUGGAAGCAUGGGGACUCGACCAAUCGCGUGACAUCCCUGUGGUGAUCUCGCGCCACCCCCGCUGCCUAACCUACUCCAUUUCAGAAAACCUUCAACCCACCCUAGCCUUCUGGCUUGGUUCGGGGAUCACCAAGCCUGCGAAACUCAUCCGAGCCAACCCAUCGAUCCUCGGGCUUUCCAUCACGAAGCGGAUUCUCCCCACUAUUGCCGCAUUUGACAGCUAUGGCAUCCCCCCUCACCAUACCAUCAACAUGCUCCAAAGAUUUCCUCAUCUAUUCAAUUACAGCUGGAAUGAUAACUUGAUGCCAAAGCUUCAGUACUUGGAAGAAGUGGGCAGGGGUAUUGACGAGGCGGUUCAGUACCCGCAGUAUUUUGGGUACAGUUUGGUUCGGCGGAUUCGGCCGAGGCUCGGGGGUGUGGCUCGGGCCGGACUGCAUGUGAGCCUGAGCUUUGUGCUGCGGCUCAAGGACGAGGAUUUUGAGAGGCUGUAUGGUGACGUGUGUGCGGAGGAGGGGGGGGGAGAGGAGAUACGAGGGAGGGACAUGAGCAGGAGUCUUGCUUGCGAGAAGCAAGUUGAGGCAGUGAAGGAGUGCAGCAGUGGACUAAUCUCUAUGUGGAGAGGCCAAUGCUUUUGGUUCCUUGCACAACUGUUUCUACUGUAAAUAGUUGAUUUGAGGUGUAAGCUUCAGCCUUUUUCCUUGCCCACUGCCAUGCGAUAAAGUCUCUGUGCAUGCCUUCAAGAUGGCGAGGCAACAAUCCACAUACCCAUUUGAAGAAAUGCUAAGUUCUAGCAACGUCCUAUGAGCUCUCAACUCAACUUCUCAGGCUGCUCCCCGUUAUUAGCCUUUGAAUCGAACAGAAAACUACAGCCAAAUUACUGUACUUUCUGCCAUUUCCCCUGCGCCUUCGAUUUCAGGUCAGGUCCUUCCCAAACACACCAAGGCUCGUCUCGAAGCCAAAACCAACUUCGGUCUGACCACCCCAAGCCAAAGUAGGUUCGUUACCAAACCAGUUCCUUUGAAGUGAAGCAAUUACAUGAUUGGGCAGGCCGUGUACAGUACAGUCUCAAAGGAGCAUCACAUUUGACACGGGAAUGACACGAAAAAUGUGGCAGCGACACACUUGGGCUGGCAGUACGGUAUCCCUGGUCUGGACGGGUUGGUUACGUUUCAGCUCGGUUCAGGUGGAUGCCUCUAAGGGCAAC